AUGGCUGAGUCUAACUUCCUUGCCGAUUUCCUUAUGGGCGGUGUCUCUGCCGCCGUCUCCAAGACUGCUGCCGCUCCUAUUGAGCGUGUCAAGCUUCUCAUCCAGAACCAGGACGAGAUGAUCAAGCAGGGUCGUCUGUCCCACCGCUACACCGGUAUCGUUGACUGCUUCAAGCGCACUGUUGCCGACGAGGGUGUCGCUUCUUUGUGGCGUGGUAACACCGCUAACGUUCUCCGUUACUUCCCCACUCAGGCCCUGAACUUUGCUUUCAAGGACAAGUUCAAGGCUAUGUUCAAGGCCUCUCCUGCCGACUCUUACACCGCCAAGUUCUCCAAGAACAUUGCCGCUGGUGGUGCCGCCGGUGCUACUUCUCUUUUGUUCGUCUACUCCCUUGACUACGCCCGUACCCGUCUUGCCAACGACGCCAAGUCCACCAAGGUUGGCGGUGGUGAGCGCCAGUUCAACGGUCUCGUCGACGUCUACAAGAAGACCAUUGCUUCCGAUGGCAUUGCCGGUCUGUACCGUGGUUUCGGUCCCUCCGUCGUUGGUAUCGUUGUCUACCGUGGUCUUUACUUCGGUCUCUACGACUCUCUUAAGCCUAUUAUCCUGGUUGGUCCUCUCGCCAACUCUCUCGGUGCCUCUUUCCUGUUGGGUUGGGCCGUUACCAUCACCUCUGGUAUCGCCUCUUACCCUCUCGAUACCGUCCGUCGUCGUAUGAUGAUGACCUCCGGUUCCGGCACCAAGUACAAGUCCUCUUUCGACGCCUUCCAGCAGAUCGUCAAGGCCGAGGGCUUCAUGACCCUCUUCAAGGGUUGCGGUGCUAACGUUCUCCGUGGUGUCGCCGGUGCCGGUGUCAUUGCCCUUUACGACCAGCUCCAGGUCAUCAUGUUCGGCAAGAAGUACUAA